UUUCCCCAGGAAUUGAUGCACUUACAAUUGGCGAGUCAUUAUGCUGCUCCACCUGUGUAGUGUUAAGAAUCUGUACCAGAACAGGUUCCUAGGCCUGGCAGCCAUGGCGUCUCCAUCUAGGAACUCCCAGAAUCGGCGCCGGUGCAAAGAACCCCUGAGGUACAGCUACAACCCGGAUCAGUUCCAUAACAUGGACAUGGGGAACGGUCCCCACGAGACGGUCACUAUCCCACGCUCUACCAGUGACACAGAUUUGGUCACCUCGGACAGCCGAUCAACACUCAUGGUCAGCAGCUCUUAUUAUUCCAUAGGACAUUCGCAGGACCUGGUGAUUUACUGGGAUAUAAAAGAAGAAGUGGAUGCAGGGGACUGGAUCGGCAUGUAUCUUAUUGAUGAAGUCUUGUCUGAAAACUUCCUGGACUACAAGAACCGUGGGGUGAAUGGCUCUCACCGAGGACAGAUUAUCUGGAAGAUUGAUGCCAGCUCUUACUUUGUAGAGUCCGAAACAAAGAUCUGCUUCAAAUACUACCAUGGAGUGAGUGGGGCACUACGAGCAACCACCCCCAGCGUAACGGUGAAGAAUAACGCUGCUCCUAUUUUUAAAAGCAUCACCAGUGAAGAUUCAGUCCAGGGGCAAGGAAACCGAAGGCUGAUCAGUUUCUCGUUAUCAGAUUUCCAAGCUUUUGGUCUGAAGAAAGGCAUGUUCUUCAAUCCAGACCCUUAUUUAAAGAUCUCAAUCCAGCCUGGAAAACAUAGCAUCUUCCCAGCUCUUCCUCACCACGGACAAGAGAAGAGGUCCAAGAUCAUGUGUAAUACUGUCAAUCCCAUCUGGCAACGAGAGCUCUUCAGCUUUGUUUCCCUGCCCACCGACGUCCUGGAAAUAGAGGUGAAGGACAAGUUUGCGAAGAGCCGACCGAUCAUUAAGCGUUUCUUGGGGAAGCUUUCCAUGCCAGUCCAGCGGCUGCUGGAGAGACAUGCCAUAGGGGACAGGGUUGUGAGCUAUACUCUGGGGCGCAGGUUGCCAACAGACCACGUCAGUGGGCAGCUGCAGUUUCGAUUUGAGAUCACGUCUUCAAUUCACCCAGAUGAUGAAGAGGUCUCGAUCACUGCAGAUCCCGAGUCAGCUGAAUUCCAGGAGAGCCCCAUGCAUAUCUGGGCAGAGGAAAUCCUUGGUGAGCCUCCGUGUGCCAGCACAGUGAGCUUGGAAGGCGCAGCUCCAGAGAAGCUAAAUGGAUGCCCAGUGAUCUGCAUCAGUGUUGAUGGCUCUGGUGCUGGGGAUCUCACCCAGGACAGCCUUUUAAAAGAAGAGCUAGCAGGAAACGGGGAGACUGAGGCAGGGCCAGCAGAUGCGGUUGAUCCCAUGGAAUCCAUCCCCGGGGAAACGAUGCCUUCCCUGAGUGCUGUGGAGCUUACCGAGCAACUGACUCUGCUGGCGUGCACGCCCCCUGAAUCUGAAGUUAGGGAGAAUAAUAAAGUCAAUUCCAUUGCACAGGGAGACAAUGACAUCUUAACCUGCAUAGAAACUCUAUCUAUUGAUGAGGUGACCGGAGACACGCAGACAGUUAAGGAUCAGGAGAAAAGUCAAGACGGUGGGGCCUCAGCCCAAGAGGAACAGGAGGAGGAGGAAGAGGAGGAGAACAAGCUGCAGCUAAGGACAGUGGUGAAAAGGAAAAACAGGCCAUGUUCCUUGCCGGUGUCUGAGCUUGAGACAGUGAUAGCAUCAGCUUGUGGAGAGCCGGAGACUCCUCGAACCCACUACAUCCGGAUACACAACCUCCUGCAUAGUUUGCCUUCUGCCCAGAUGAGUAGCGACGGAGAAGGAGAGGAAGAUCAGGGCAGCGUCGAGAACGAUGAAGAACUGACUGUCAAGGAAGUGUCAGAAAAGGACGUGGUCAGUGAAACGGAAACCAUGCUGGAAGAACCCCCCGCGGAAGACAGAGCUGAAGAGGACUUCGUUCGGGGGACGGUGCCUCGAAGCACCUCCAUUGAACACCUCGCUGACUUAAACGAACCUCUCCUGGAUGGCGAAGGCCCCAGGACGGAAAGUGAGAGCGAGCUGAGCCCCAGGCCGAACGGCGAAUGUGAAAUGUGCGACACGUCCUGCUACAGCCCGUCUUGCUACAGCACUUCUUGUUACAGCACCUCGUGUUACAGCACAUCCUGUUACAGCACUUCUGGUCCGGAGAGCACCAACCGGUUCUCUAGCCAUACCCGGUUCUCCUCUAUCGACAGCGCAAGGAUUUCCGAAAGCACAGUUUUUUCCUCACAGGAUGACGAGGAAGAGGAGAACAGCGCUUUUGAGUCGGUGCCGGACUCGGGGCAAAGCCCCGAGUUCGACAGGGAACAAGUGGACGGCUCCACCCACUGGCCUGAGGAACUGGUAGCUCGCGGAAUGAAUCUGCAGAGAACGGGGGAAUGCGUAGAGUCUCCAGUAGCAGGCCCCAGCAACAGAAGAGAAGGUGAUUGCCCUUUACUCCAUAAUUCUCAGCCAAUCAACCAGCUUCCUUCCUUGAGGCCUGACCACCAUCACUACCCUACCAUUGACGAGACUCUUCCACCAAAUUGGGAAGCUCGCAUAGACAGCCAUGGGCGGGUAUUCUACGUCGAUCACGUGAAUCGAACCACCACUUGGCAGCGUCCAACUGCGGCUGCUACUCCUGAUGGGAUACGCAGAUCGGGCUCGAUCCAACAAAUGGAGCAACUGAAUCGAAGGUAUCAAAAUAUUCAGCGAACUAUCGCCACAGAGAGGACAGAGGAGGACACUGUGGUCAGUAACAGGGUGGAAAGGCUCCCUCCCACAGGAGGCAGUGAUUCUGAGGCAGACCCCUCCCAGCCAAAUUCAGAAGUGAGAAGAGAAGUGCCUGUUUCGCCUGUGAACUCUCAAAAAAUCACUCUGUUGCUGCAGUCUCCGGCUGUCAAGUUCAUCACUAAUCCUGAGUUCUUCACGGUGCUACAUGCAAACUAUAGUGCCUAUCGAGUCUUCACCAACAGCACCUGCCUGAAACAUAUGAUUCUGAAAAUCCGCAGGGAUGCUCGCAAUUUUGAGCGGUAUCAGCACAACAGGGACUUGGUAAAUUUCAUCAACAUGUUUGCAGACACACGGCUGGAACUUCCUCGAGGCUGGGAAAUCAAGACUGACCAGCAAGGCAAGUCCUUCUUUGUUGACCACAACAGCCGUGCUACCACUUUCAUCGAUCCCAGAAUCCCACUUCAAAAUGGCCGCCUCCCCAAUCAUUUGACCCACAGGCAGCAUCUUCAGCGACUCCGUAGUUACAGUGCUGGCGAGGCAUCAGAAGUUUCUCGCAAUAGAGGGGUUUCUCUGUUGACCCGACCAGGCAACAGCCUGGUAACAGCCAUUCGAAGUCAGCAUCAUCAUGAGACGUUACCUCUAGCAUACAAUGACAAGAUCGUUGCAUUCCUACGCCAGCCCAACAUCUUUGAAAUGCUGCAGGAGCGUCAGCCAAGCUUGGCAAGAAACCAUGCACUCAGGGAGAAGAUCCACUACAUUCGAACAGAGGGUACCCAUGGGCUUGAAAAGUUAUCCUGCGAUGCAGAUUUAGUAAUAUUAUUGAGCCUUUUUGAAGAAGAUGUUAUGUCCUACAUCCCCCUCCAAGCAGCCUUCCACCCUGGCUACAGCUUCUCCCCUCGCUGUUCGCCAUGCUCAUCCCCUCAGAAUUCUCCAGGCUUGCAGCGAGCCAGCGCGAGAGCCCCUUCUCCGUACAGGAGAGAUUUUGAAGCCAAGCUUCGCAAUUUUUACCGAAAAUUAGAAGCCAAAGGGUAUGGACAGGGUCCAGGUAAAAUUAAGUUAAUAAUACGGCGCGAUCAUCUGUUGGAAGGCACUUUUAACCAGGUGAUGGCUUACUCACGGAAGGAGCUCCAAAGGAACAAACUCUACGUCACGUUUGUUGGAGAAGAAGGCCUGGACUACAGCGGCCCGUCCCGAGAGUUUUUCUUCCUUCUGUCUCAGGAGCUUUUCAACCCCUACUAUGGCCUGUUUGAAUAUUCAGCAAAUGACACUUACACUGUACAGAUCAGUCCCAUGUCAGCGUUUGUAGAAAACCACCUGGAAUGGUUCCGGUUUAGCGGUCGCAUCCUUGGUUUGGCCCUUAUUCAUCAGUACCUCCUUGACGCUUUCUUCACGAGGCCAUUUUACAAAGCACUGUUAAGGCUGCCGUGUGACCUAAGUGAUCUGGAGUACCUGGAUGAAGAGUUCCAUCAGAGUUUACAGUGGAUGAAAGACAACAACAUCACCGAUAUCCUGGACCUCACUUUCACAGUUAACGAGGAGGUGUUUGGACAGGUAACAGAAAGAGAGUUGAAGUCAGGAGGCGCAAACACGCAGGUGACCGAAAAGAACAAGAAGGAGUACAUUGAAAGGAUGGUGAAGUGGCGCGUGGAAAGGGGCGUCGUUCAGCAAACAGAGGCUCUCGUCCGCGGCUUCUACGAAGUUGUAGACUCAAGGCUCGUCUCUGUUUUCGAUGCCAGGGAGCUAGAAUUGGUUAUUGCUGGCACUGCGGAAAUAGACCUCAACGACUGGCGCAACAACACAGAAUAUCGGGGUGGUUACCAUGAUGGUCAUAUCGUAAUACGAUGGUUCUGGGCUGCGGUAGAGCGGUUCAACAACGAACAAAGACUACGACUGCUGCAGUUUGUCACGGGGACAUCUAGUGUGCCGUAUGAAGGUUUUGCAGCCCUUCGGGGGAGCAACGGACUACGGCGCUUCUGCAUAGAGAAAUGGGGCAAAAUAACAUCCCUUCCCAGGGCGCAUACCUGUUUCAACCGCUUGGAUCUUCCACCCUAUCCAUCAUAUUCAAUGCUAUAUGAAAAGCUGUUGACAGCUGUUGAGGAAACUAGCACCUUUGGACUCGAAUGAGGGAAGUCAGUCUUUUCAGGUGUAUUCCUGGUCGGUGACGUCACUUCCUUUUCUGCUGCCAUAUGAUUUUUUUGUGUGUGUUUUUAUUUGUGGGGUGGGAAUCAGGAUUGACGAAAAAAGCCGUGCAUGAAGAAACAGCCUUCCUUUAAGAACUAACCUUCAUGCUUUCAUCUUCGGUUUCCAAUGGACAACUAGCCUGUAUGCAAUAUAAAACAAAACAAAAACAAAAACCAAUUGUCUCAAGGUCUCUGUGUAUCUCCACAUACCUCCAUUAGCAACAACGAAAAUAUGAAUGCAAGUUACGCUACACUUGACCAAAUGUUAAUGUUUACUUCCAUCCACGUUGAUUAAAAAAAAAACCCAUUCAAGCAUUCCAAGCUUUUAUAUGUCCACCUCUCCUCGAUUACCCACAGUUCAUCUUGUGUCUUAACAGCUGUGUCCACUAAUGGGAGCCGGCCAAGAAUUCCUUUCACCCAUCCUUGAUUUUCUUGU